AUGUACCGGUGGGAGCCUACGCCGAAACCCUCUAGAGCUCGUCCUAGACUUUUGAGUUCGAGGUUGGGGUUGCAGAGCCCGAAGCCGCAAGAAUCCUUCAGCUCCCGAAAGGGCGCCGGCCGGCAAAGCCAGUGGAAAGAGGCGGUGGCUACGUACAAUCAGCUGAAGUUCGGCAGCCUGGAGACAGACGCAGUUUGCUGUGGUGCUGUGCUUCAAGCAUGCCAGGCAAGUGCUUGGCAUUUGGCCUAUUCCAUGUUUUGGCAGGUUCAAGAAGCUUCGAUGCAGCUGUCGGUUAUUUGUUGCAACAUUGCUCUGAGCUUCUCGGGACAGCAGGAAAGCUGGCACCGUACUAUCGGCUUGCUGCUUUGGAUGUCCAGCCUGGCCAUGCGCCCCGAUUCUCAGAGCUAUGCGCCAGCGCUGGGUUCCGUGACAACCUGGGCACAGUCGCUGCAGCUGCUGCACCAAGCGCCGCCCAACCGAAUUCUGAGUAAUGUGGCCAUGGCUACGAUAGCCGGAGCAUGGCGGUGGAGCUUUAGUAUCUUUUGCGACUUAAGGGCUGCUCGGCCACUUCCAGACACCAUCUUUCUCAACACCUUCCUAAGCAGUCUGGAGAGGUCGUGCCAAUGGCAACUGGCGGUUUCCAUGCUGCAGACACCUCCCGAAAGCCUGAACCCCAACAGAGUCAGCUUUAAUGCAUGUCUGCAUGCCUGCGGCGAAGCCGAGCAGUUGGACCAGGCGCUUCAGCUACUGGCUUCGAUGGAAGACCACGGGCCCUCGCCGGACGUGAUCUCUUACAGCGCCGUGCUGAACACGUGCGCAAGGCUCGCGCAGUGGCGUUUGGCGCUGGAGGAGCUGCGGCGAAUGCAGCGCCGCCAUGUCUCGCCUGACGUGGUUGCGCUGAAUGCAGCCAUGUCGGCCUGUGCCGAAGCAGUUCAAUGGCAAACAUGUCUGAGCAUGUUGCAGACAUCCAGCGCAGGAGAUGCAGACAGCAUCUCUUACAAUGCUUUCCUCAAGGCAUGCGACAAAUCGGCUCGGUGGACGGUUGCGCUGUGUAUGCAUGCGCAGAUGCUGCGCACGCGAACCGGCUGCACCACAACUACAUACAAUACCUUGCUUAGCUGUUGUCAGCGGAGCAGCCAGUGGGAGCAUGCCACACGCCUGCUAGCGAUGAUGACUUCUCAGCAUUGCCCUGCUGACAUUAUCUCUUUCAAUGCUUGCUUGGGGGCGCUACGACGGGGGUCCCAGUGGCAACAUGCACUAUCUCUGCUGGACAUGAUGACACGUUCUCGUGUCAGGAGCGAUGUGGUGACCUUGGUGGAGGCGCUCGGGGCCCUCGCGGACGGCGAGGCUUCGGCGAGGCCCGGACUGGCGCCGUCCCUGGCCCAAGGCAUCGCUGUGAGCGUCAGAGACUGCAUGGAGCCCGGGGUUCAAGCGGAGGCCUCCCGUCCCAGUGGCCUGGCGAUUACGGCUUGCGACUCCCUCGCAUCACAGCGGCUUCCUGAGACUUUCGAAAGCCAGUGGCUAUUGCGACGCUAUGCGCUGCGCCCGGCUCUGCGUGCCCUGCGGGGCCCAGUUCCCAGGCCACUUGCCAGCCGAGCGCUGCGACUGCGGGACCCCGCGCUGGAGCGCCAGCACAGCCUGGGAGCGUCCCUGACGAAGGAGGCGCUCUUGGAACUGGAAGGCCCUUCUGUGCGACCCUUUCCGCUGCCGUGGAUGCUGCAAGCAAGCCAGGCGCCAGAAGCGACGGAC